AUGGGAUUAGGAAGCCAGACCAGCGAUGAAGAUGUUGAUGCUGUGUUUAUUGGCCGAGACGAUGUCAGUGAUUACAAUCCAGAGCAAUUGCUGCCCCAGCCUGCGGAGGUCAUAGAAAAGAUUCGAUCUUGGCUGCAGCCAACUGCCUACGACAUUGCGGGGGGAGAGUUCCGCAGGCACCAGUCAUCCCAUGUUGCGGGCACAGGAAAUUGGCUCACUUCAAGUGAUCAAUAUCAAAAAUGGCUUCAGAACGACGAGCAUGGACUUCUCUGGAUCAAAGGCAUUCCGGGAUCUGGAAAGUCGGUGAUGGCGGCCAGUAUAAUUGAUGAAAUUGCCAAGUCGAACCCAGGCACCCCAGUGUUAUACUUCUUUUUCCGCCAGAUCAUUGACGCCAAUCACGAGCCCCGGGCUCUACUGCGAGAUUGGAUGGACCAAAUACUCAGCUAUAGCCCUCCUCUACAGAAGCAACUGAAAGCUUAUGUAGAUGCUCAUCGAUCUCUUGAGAGCAUGUCGUCUGAAACGAUGUGGAAUCAACUGCGACUAGCCUUUGCUAGCCUUCCUGGAAAAGUCUUUUGUGUUGCUGAUGCACUCGAUGAGAUGGACCGAGGCAACGAGGAGUUUCUCCGAACUCUUGGAGAGAUUGGCCAGUGGCGACCAAAGACAGUCAAGAUCUUGAUCACCAGUCGCCCCGUCGCAAGUGUCGAAAUACCUCUGAGAAAGACUCCUUGUCUACACAUUCGUCUGCAAGAAGCUUUGGUUGAUAUGGACAUUUCGACCUAUGUCCAUUUUGCUUUAUCAAGAUCCAAUAUCCCAGAGAGCGAUUGGCAAGUUAUCGCAGACGCAGUCCCCGGUCGUGCCAACGGUUUAUUCCUUUACGCCAAGCUAGCUAUGGACGCGUUCCUCGAGCCCAAUGUCGAUAUCAAGGCAGUUCUUUUGAAGCUUCCAACGGAUUUAAAUGCUCUAUAUACUGAUCUAUUAAGCGAACAUGCGAAAAGAUCCGGUGUGCCAGACAGUAUCCAGCAUCUCAUUCUGCAAUCAGUCACUCAUGCCACCCGUCCAUUGAGGCUACUUGAGCUGGCAGAGAUGAUCAGAGUCAGUUUUUCUGAGGAUUCUGAGCGCGAUAUCAAGUCCACCAAAGAACUCAUCAGAGCUGCAUGUGGUCCAUUAUUGGAAAUCCUACCUGAUGAAACAGUUUCAGUAAUCCACCACUCUUUCACAGAAUACCUCAAAGGGUCUACGCGGUUAGAUGGGGGUCAGCAGACUGGAUAUCCAGUCCUUCAGAUGGGUCCGACGCAUGCUCAACUUGCCCUACAGUGUAUUCUUUACCUGAAAUCUGGAUGCUUGGCUUCUGUUGGCUUCGAAACGGACGAAAACAUGGACGACAUGCCAUAUAGAAACUGGUAUUUCGGCGGUGGCAGGGGAAAGUAUAAGCGCAGAAUAAAAGACGUCGAGGUCCAAAUCAGAUUUCAAUACCCAUUUUUUGAGUAUGCCGCCAGUAAUUGGUACCAGCAUAUUGUAAAAUCCGAAGCUGCCGGUCAGGAUCAAACGGAGAUCAACGCAAAGCUUAAUGAGCUAUUUGAACUCGACAACAAUAUGGAAGCAUGGCUCCAGAUGAGAUGGCCAGAGUCUAGUCUGGGCGCCAGAAAUGUCACGAAACUUCAUAUCGCUGCCAAAGCAGGCCUGGUAUCAUAUGUUAAAGAACUACUCGGGAAUUUUGACAUCAAUGUGCCCGAUAUCUAUGAUAGAACUCCUCUUUGGUGGGCUGCUUCUGAGGGGCACGCGGAAGUUCUUUCGACGUUGAUCGAAGGCGGUGCCGACCUGGAUCGACCUGACAGUUAUACAGGAGUCAAGCCUCUGCAUGUAGCAGCUAGCAACGAACACCCUGCGGCUAUAGCAGCAUUGUUGAAAGCCGGCGUCAACCCUUUAACAGAGAAGACUCUCGAGGAUCCUUGGGUAAGGUGUGGCAAUAUCCCUUCAACUAUUGGUAACACGCCGCUCAUGUAUGCCUGUGAUGGUCAUUUGGAUGCAUUGGAAGCGUUUCUGCCGUUCAUAAGAGACGAUCUGGAUUUGAUGCACCGCUCCAUAGCAUGGGCGGCCAGUUCAGGAUCAUCAAAUUGCGUUGAUAUGCUGCUUCAGCAACCUGGCGUGGAUAUCAACGCAACCGUUGAUGGCCAAACCCCGCUCUAUAGAGCCUGUGAGAAGGCUGAUGAAGCCAUGGUAACAAUGCUUUUGCAGGCUGGAGCAGAUGCUAACAUUGGAUGCAAUCCCGGCGACAAUGCAAGUUGGCGAUGGGCUCAUCUGCAAGAGGGACCCCCCAGGCUAAACUGCUUCUUUGCCCUUUGCAAUAGAGAAGCCAGUGAAUAUUCUGACAGCAGAGUUCAAGCUAUAUUUCCACUGCUGAUCGACGCCGGAGUUGAUAUUCACUACCGCACCCCCUCAGGUGAAACUGCACUGCAUACCGCAUCGCGAUGCCCAGUCCUCAUCAAGUUACUACUAGAGGCUGGGCUGGAUGCCAAUGCUACUGAUAUCGACGGAGCAACCCCGCUUCACUCUAUUCGUGCGGCUAUGGAAUCGGUGUCCUCGUCUAUAGCACUCCUCGUUGAGCAGGGACACGCUGAUGUCAACGCCGCAAAGGAAAAUGGUGAAACACCCCUUCACGGUCUUAUAUCCAGAGCCGACCCGACCACCGCGAUGAGGUUCUUGGAGUACGGGCCAAAUUGCAAUGCAGUCGACAAUAAGGGCAACACUCCAUUACAUAUUCUCAUGCAACACCAAGGCCAAAACACAGAGCUUGUCAAGGCUCUGCUCGACAGAGGGGCGGAUCCAAAUGCGCGAAAUCACAGUGGCCUCACCCCCUUAUUACUUUGGGGUCAGGUUAGCGGAAAUCGGACUGCGACUCUGGACGUCUUUCUCGCGUCGGGUGCCGACAUCAACGCGGUUGACAACGACGGAAACAAUCUGAUAUUUCGUUCCCUCUCCCCUUUCUUGUUUAUGAAUGAAGAAGACCCGCACCGAGACAUCAAAUGUCUCAUUGAUCGGGGACUUUCACCUUUCCAGCGCAAUUUCCAGGGCGAAACAGCUCUUCACCACGCAGUGACGCAUCCCUAUGCCUACGAAUCUAGAAGUAACGCGACUAAUCCCAUGACGAGACUUGACUUCUUGAUUAGUUUAAAUCUCGAUGUGAAUGCUGUUGACAAUAAUGGAAAUAGCAUCCUUCACACAAUUGCCAUGGAGAUUAAAAAUCACGACUCUUAUCAUGGGUCGCGAAUACUAGGACUCUGGGAAAGGUUCGUUGGUCUGGGUUUGGACUUGGAGCAGAAAAAUCAUGCCGGGCGCACGCCACUGCACCUUUUAUGUGUAGCUCAUACCCGUUCACUACGCAUGGAGCCGGGGAAAAUCAUGCCCAUUGAUUUCAUUCUUUCACGAGUGAAAAAUCUCAACGUCUCCGAUAAUGAUGGAAUCACUCCUCUUCACAUAGCAGUGACUUGUGGGGAGCUCUAUGCCAAGAAGCUGAUUGAUGCCGGCGCGAACCCUCUGGUUUAUACUCACGAAGGACUGACUCCUCUCCACCUUGCUGCCCGGUGCAGAGCUAGCAACAAUGUCGGCCUGCUGUUAGAUGCGUUGAGGAAACAACAACAGAACGUACCAAAUGUUGAUGACAGCACGAUACAACCAGGCAGCCCCAACGGUGCAACUUUGGACAAGAAUGCGAUUAAACGUCGAGCAAUAAUGGGCGUGGAUGCAAAAGCCACACGUGAUCAUUUCGCUGAUACUGAGACACCGCUUUACUACGCCUGUAGGUCAGGAAGACUGGAAACGGUGUCGCUUCUGCUGGAAGCCGGAGCAAAUGUCAAAUCUAAGAACAUCUUCCAGGGUUGUCUUGAAUUUGAAGAAGAAUGCUACCUAUGGAAACGUCCUUACCCACAACAGGAUGACAGCCAAUAUCAAUACAUGGCCCCCGUAAAGCUGGCCGAUACAUACCGUAAGAAUAGAUAUGACCUAUGGACUAGUGGAGUUCGAGGUAUAGGUUCAAGCGAUACAACAAGGCUUGAGGAGAUUGUCGAUAUGCUUGUUGAACAUGGGGCUGAUACUUCUCGUCUUGUAAAUCGCCCUGGGAUACGGGACGAGGGCUUCAUCAACACAGCUGUCAAGAAACGACGGGAUUAUACAGCUGCAUGCUUAAGGCUUGCUCAAAAGUCACUUGGCACAGACGCUGGGGAAGAACUGAAUGAACUUACAAAGUUCUCCGAAGUUGCAUAUCGCCAUGCGCACGAAGCUGCAGUUCAGGCCUUGACAUCGUCAAACCUUAUUCAUCCCGGAGAUCAAAAUCAAGUUGUGCCGUUAAGUUUUGUCAUUCGGUUUUUGAUUCGGAGGGAAUAUCACGUUCUAGAAGAACUUGUUCGGCUAGGGGUGACCUUUCUUCCUAAGCCUACUGAAAAUUCCGAGCCUAAUCCAGACGAAAGCUGCACCCUAACGCAUCUUAUAUCACUUGGCUUCACAACGCUUGUUGACAAAAUAGCAUCUAUUGAGACAGAAACAAGGUUAGCAGAGGGAGAGUGGCACGCUUUCGGCGAUAAAUUAAAACCAGGUCUAUUUUUCUCAAAGAGCAACGAUCCACUCUCUUACGUUAAGCCACUCAUCGUUACCGCAGUUCAGCGAGAGUUGCCCAACAUGGACAUGGUUCGAUUGCUUGUUGAGAAAUAUGCGGUAAAUAUUAAUGAGGCUGACAAUUCCAUGGAGUCUGCUCUCUUUUACGUCGUCCGAGGCAACCACUGGUGGCAAGUUCACCAGGCGCUGCCAUAUCUACUUGAUGCUGGUGCUGACAUUCAUAUGCGCAAUGCCGUGGGGCAAACACCACUUCACAUGGCUCUCGAAGCAGACGAUAAUCGGCCAGGCCCCUUUAACUGGGACGCAGCUAAAAUAUUGAUCGAAAGGGGAGCAGAUGUGAAUGCGAUUGAUGACAAGGGUCAGAGCUGCCUCGCCAGUGCGCGGCACAACGUGGACAUGAUCAAUUUUCUCAUCAAGCACGGAGCGACAGUCACAGUGAAUUCGGUUUUUGGCGCAAUUGACUCUGGCAAUGUCCAAGUUCUACAAGCACUUCUGUCUAGCGGCAUAGACCCAAAUACACGUCGAGACAAGCCACUCGAGGAGUCAGGCGAGAAGAAUAUAAAGAAAGAUGAAGUAGAGGCACAUGAAGAGUUUCCACUGCAUUAUGCUGCCAUGAAACUAAGCAUGCCCUGGGAUCCAUCGGAGAGUUAUUAUCAAGAAAUUGCCGUCAGAAUGGAAAUCAUUAGGACACUUGUUCAGUAUGGAGCCAAUCCGUUCGCAAAAUUCCUAAAAUGGGACACAGGGACCGUGGUCGAGCCCGAUUCCCCAGAGCUGCAAGUCACUACUAUCGAGGUACCGAAAGGCUAUAGAGAAUGCACUGUUAUACAUGAAGCGCUACAUUUGGACAUAAUAGCAGACGCAUUUCUCCAGCUUCCAAAUCUCGACGUCAACCAUCGAGAUACCAAAGGCCGCACUCUUCUCCAUAUGAUAUGCGAGAAUAAGGGUGGCCCCGAUGGCGGUGGCCCUGAUCAUAUUAUUGGAUCAUGUGUGAAAGAUGGUGGUACUUCACUGGCGGAGCGUGUUUCCUCAUUUCAACAGCUCUUGUCUCUCGGUGCAGAAUUAGAGGCUACAGAUAACUUUGGUCAAAAUGUCGUUCAUUAUAUGCUUGCCGGAAGAGUGCACUCUUAUUUCACCACAUACAAAAAGUUCUUGGCCUAUGCCAUCGAAAAGGCUCCGAGUUUAUUAAAUCAAGCCGAUGGAAGCGGUGAUACUCCAUUUCACUAUGCCGUGAGACGAGCUACCGACGAGCAUACCACCGAUGAUUUAGAGAUGGUAUUAGCAGCCGGAGCAGAUCCUACAGUGGUCAACAAAAAGGGCGAGACUUUGCUGCAUAUAUUGGCACAAAGCAUUUCUAUUGCAGCUUUACGCAAUUUCUUCCAGGUCUUAGUUGAUCGAGGUAUUGAUAUAAAUGCUCGCAACAACCGUGGUGAGACGGCCUUGUUUUCAUUCUAUAGUUGCCCCAAGACGGAGUCUUGGUUUUAUUACAGUGACGAGGACAGACCUUCGGCAGAACUUGUCAAGCCAAUGCUGGAAGCCUUGGGUGGCGACUUCUUUGCUAUAGAUAACAAAGGCCGAGGUCUGCUACAUGCUGCUGCGGCCGGAGAUGUUGAACGAUUUCAGGAGCUUAGGGAUAUGGGGCUCGAUCCCAUGAUGGAGGAUAACGCUCAGCAGACGGCUAUUGAUGCAGCUGCCGCGUGUGGAAACAGGGCUAUUUUAGAGCUAUUUGAGAAGGAGUAA